AUGCAUAUCGAUGGUCGAACACGAGCUGGGCCGACCCAGGCAACCCCUGACGUUGUAAAUAUCGACAACACCCGCGGCGAUAAUGAAGAUGAUGACGGAGACGAGGAUGAUGGCGGCGACGGCGGCAUUGGUGGAAGCAGCACGACCAACACAAGCAGCAUAUCCGAACCGACGCAGCCCAUUUUCCAUGCUGCAGACUCUGCGCUUGCUCUCCCAUCGCCGUCUCGUUCACUUCCACCUCCGUCUGCCUCAGCAUCAGCGCUUCUUCUCCCACGACUGCCCAGUCCUGCACCACGGGCGCCAGCGGAUGUGUCUGUGCAGCGGUUCGAAGCAUACGUAGAGGACAAUCUUGGUUCGUACGCACCAUCGUUUCGAGCGUCGAGGGGCGGGGACUAUGACAUGAAUGUAAACGUGAACGCAAAAACAAAUAACAACACGUCUGCCUCGGAUGAUGCGCUUGCAGCUGCCGUAUUGUCGUCCUUCACGCCAAGUGCCACCACGCAUGACAGCCACAACAACAGCGACCCUUUCCUCGGGGCAGGCACCAGCUCCGUGUCCAAUGUGAAUGCCAACGGCGGCGGUAGCAACUACAGCGUCGACAGUUCGGCAUAUGCAGACCGAAACUACCGUAGUGGGUACAACAACAACCAAAACACACCCGCAUCAUACACAGCCAUUGGGACGGGACCGGCGAUGAGCGCUGCAGGCGGCGACCGGAUAGAGGUCGAAAUGGGCACACGUGCCACACUCGACUGGGAGCGCGAAGUGACGGACCUGGAUGCUGCCGACGUCGACUAUCUGCGCGCCAAAGGCGCAUUUGACCUGCCGCCAGUCGACCUGCAGGCUGACCUCAUCGACGCCUUUUUCAGCGACGUACACCCGACGUCGCCCGUCGUCAACCGUUGGGCGUUUCUAGCCGAUUUCCGAGCAGGCCGCCGCCAGAGCCGGCUGCUGCUAUUUGCCAUUUUCACAGCAGCCGCCCGCGUCUGCCGCAAUCCGGCGCUGCUGGACGCGCGCGGCACCAACCACGCGAGCGCCUGGCGAUUCUACCGCGCAACCAAGGCGCUGCUGGACACGGGGUACGAGCGCAGCCGGCUGGUGGUGGUUCAAGCCUUGCUGAUGAUUACCUGGUGGUGGGACAAGAAGGACGACGGCGGACGCAACAUGCGCAGCUGCGCCGUGGACGCCAUCAACACGGCCCAGAGCAUCGGCAUGCACCGAUGGGACCAGUACCCGCGGCAGACGGAUGCGUCGGUGUCGAAAGCCAACGCCGAGCUGGGCCUCUGGAAGCGCAUCUGGUGGUCGUGUGUCAAUCGCGACGUCGGGGUCGCUGUGGGCCAUGGCCUGCCGUGCAUGAUCUCGCUCGACGACUCGGACGUGCACCCGCUGACGCCGCACGACUUCAACGAGGACCCGACGGGCGCCGCGGGCGGGCAGUGGGCGAGCUACAGCGAGGCCGAGGUGCUGUUCAUGAUUGAGCAGACGCGUGUUGCCGAGGCUAUGAGGCAUAUCCACAACCAGUAUUUUGUGCAGCAGAAACUGCAGCUGCGACUGACAGGGUCCAUCGCCGCGAGGGAGGAGCAGCUGGGUGGCUCCUUCCCCGGACGUACAAAUUAUCACGACAGCAGCACCCACAACCAAGGAAGUCACACAGGUCACGGGACUACAGGAUCACAGUCCACGUCAGCCCCUUUGUCUUCUGUUGCCGGCCUCCGUUCCGAUAACUACAACGACGCCGGUCUGCGUCUAUGCCGCGAAUGGCUGGCCAACGUGCCUGCUGCUGUGCAGUACGAUGUCGACGACGUGCAGGGCCACCGGUUCUGGCCAGCUUUUCUUCACAUUCUUUACUACUCCAAUAUUAUGCUGCGCUUUCGCGAGGUGUCGGUGACGCACCCGCAGACGCCCCGCGCCGUUGCCGAGCACCAGUACGGCAAGGCCCGCGGCAUCGCCGCCGCCACCAUGGUCAGCAAGAUCAUCCGCAACAUGCGCGCCUACGGCCACCUUUUGCGGUGCACCGGCCAGCUAACCAGCUCCUUGUUCAACUGUCUGCUGUUCUUCCUCAUUGAAGGCCACCUGGCCGGCGCGUCCAACAACACCGCGGUGCGCGAUGACGCCCGCCGCAAGUACACGCUGUGCCUCAACCAGCUCUACGAAUUCAGCCAGCUGUGGAUCAGCGCCUCGCUCGUGCACCGCCUGUUCGAGGCGCUGCAGGCCAGUCUACUCCAGCCAGUGACGGCGAAAGCAACAACAGCAACCACGAAUACCGCGUUUGACUCCGGCCAUGAGCUGUUCCCUGGCUUUCGCACCUCGAGCGACAUUACGCAGUCCUAUAUGCGGCAGCUCGUCGAGACGGAGUUCUAUCACGCCGACACACUGCCCAACACAGAGAUGGUCGUUGGCAAUGCGACUGUAGACAGCGCCUCGCUCAGCGCGUGGACCCUGCCUUCCCCGGAAGGUAUAUGGUCGGGGCUGGACCAGCCGCUGUUUGGUGGUCUGCCGGCGACGCUGGAUGUGGAUACAUGGCUCGAUUUCUUCCAGUUUGGGGACGGCAAAACUAUGUGA